AUGGCAUAUUAUCAAAGAAGAGAGGUGUUCGGAGAAAGAACGCGGUCUCACAACGCCAUGGUUGAAGAGAUUGUUCCUUCUUCGGCUUGGACAGAGGAUUCAGAGGGUCAUUAUCUCCUUCUUGAUCUUCCUGGUUUCAAUAAGGAAGAGGUGAAGUUUCAGAUUGGCAAUUCAGGAAACAUAACAAUCAGUGGAGAAAGGCUGGUGAAGGACAACAAGUUCAUAGUUUUUGAACAAACCUUCAAGAUUCCAGAAAACUCAGAUACUGAUGAAAUUACUGGAAAAUUUGAAGACGGAAUGCUCCAUGUUACUGUCCCUAAACAACCCACAAACAAGCACGAAGAAGAAGCCCGAAGCCCAAACACUGACGGCGUUGAUCAGGAGGAGAAUGUUGAAGCAAAGAAAGUAGAAAAACAUAAUAAGGAAGGACAAGUAGAUCAUGAUCAGAAUGAACAAGUGAAAGAACAGAAGGCAAAGGAAGAUGAUCAUUAUCACAAAGAUGGUUUUCCUAAAGAGGUUGGAGAGAGAUCACAAGAAGGUAAUGAGUUAUUGGCACUUGCCAUGGAAAUGCUUAAGAAACACAAGGGGAUUGUUAGUAUUGUUGUCUUAGCAUUUUCAUUUGGAUUCUUUGUUGCUCGUUUGUUCUAGUGUUAUUGCUUAUUAAUUCUUC